CCUCCAGAAAAUGCAACCAUAAAUACCCUUCCAACUACCGUUCUUCCCUUUCAGCGCUCUCUGCUUCUCGGCUUCUCACGUUUUCCCUUCCGCCAACCAAACACCCAAACCAACCCAAGUACGGCAGCCAUUACUGGCCUCCGCUCCAGCUCAGACAAACUCUCUGCUCCCUCAUUCAAAGCUUCCUUUUCCCUCCCUCUGAUUUGCUACCUAGCUAGCUGGAGACGAAUUAAAUGUCCCCCCAAUUUCCCGACUCUGUACUACUUAUUCAACUCGGCCAUCGAUUACAAAGAUCGUCGUCUUCUUCCUCUAGAAACUUGCAGUAGACGCAGAUAGCUGGAGAGAGAGAAACGAUCGGAUUCGAUUUUGAUUUUCCUUCUCUUCUCUUCUCUUCUCCUAGUCCUUUUUGAAUUUGUAGGUCUGAUUUUUGGACCGGUCUCUUGAUUGAGGGGUUUGGAAGAGAAUGUUAGAGAGCGGCCAGCAGUACGGCGACUACUCCGACGGCGAUUUGAGUUUGAAAACCACGAAUUCUUCCGACAGUUCGAUGAGCAGCUCCUGCGAGAGCUGCAGCUCCUACAGCCGACUCUCGUUUGACGUCUCCGCCGCUGCCGCGGCGGCGAGAUCAUCGCCGGAGAACAACCUCACGCUCAAGCCCCACCGCUCCUCCGAUUUCGCCUACUCAGCCAUCCGGAGCAAGAGCGGGCUCACCUUCCGCGACUUCCGCCUCCUCCGCCGCAUCGGCGCCGGCGACAUCGGCACCGUGUACCUCUGCCGGCUCAACCACGGGGAGGAGGCCGACGACGGCUCGGAGUGCUUCUACGCGAUGAAGGUGGUGGACAAGGAGGCCCUCGCGGUGAAGAAAAAGGAGCAGAGGGCCGAGAUGGAGAAGAAGAUCCUGAAGAUGCUCGAUCAUCCGUUCCUGCCUACGCUGUACGCCGAGUUCGAAGCCUCUCAUUUCUCUUGCAUUGUGAUGGAGUACUGCUCCGGCGGCGACUUGCAUUCUCUCCGCCAUAAGCAGCUUCAUAAGCGGUUCUCUCUCGCCUCCGCUAGGUUUUACGCGGCGGAGGUACUGGUGGCGCUGGAGUAUCUCCACAUGCUGGGAAUCAUCUACAGAGAUCUGAAACCGGAGAACGUGUUGGUCAGAUCGGACGGUCACAUCAUGCUCUCCGACUUCGACCUUUCACUCUGCUCGCACGCAAUCCCAGCCGUUGAAUCUCAUCCGACGCCUUCUUCCGCUUCUUUCUCCCCAGAAGGAGAAGAUCCCGCUUCACCGUCGCCGCAGCGGCGGCCACCGCAGUUCUCGUGCCUCCCGACCUGGGUCUUCCGGUCGAAGAAAAUCCAGACGCUGAACCCGAACCCGAAAAGACUCUUCGUCGCCGAACCGGUCACCGCCCGGUCAUGUUCCUUCGUCGGGACCCACGAGUACGUGGCACCGGAGGUCGCCUCCGGCGGGUCCCAUGGCAACGCAGUGGACUGGUGGGCCCUGGGUAUUUUCAUCUACGAGCUCAUCUACGGGCGGACUCCGUUCGCCGCGCCGUCCAACGACCAGACGCUGCGGAACAUCGUGAAGAGGCCGCUGACCUUCCCGACCCAGACGCCGGCGUCGACGAUGGAGCUUCACGCGCGGGAGCUGAUAUCCGGGUUGCUGGACAAGGACCCGACCCGGAGGCUCGGGUCGAAGCGGGGAGCCGCCGACGUGAAGACCCACCCGUUCUUCAAGGGCUUGAACUUCGCGCUGAUACGGACGGUGACGCCGCCGGCUGUGCCCAGCUUACGGAGGCAGAGAACGACUCCGGCGGCGAUGCACCGCCCCGCCGCGGGGAAGACGAGAAGCGCGUCGAGUUUUGACUAUUUCUAGCUAGGUAGCUGGUCGGCCGGGAAUAUAGGAGAAGGAUGCGCCACGUCAACGUGUGUGCGCGUGUAGUGGGUAUCCUGCUAUGUUUUUGCUACUGGCGGUACAGGAAGGAAUACAGCUUUUUUUGUACAUUUUUAGAAUAGCGCUUUUUUUUAUAAUUUUUUACCGCUUUCUGAUGUUUCAAGCUUUGCUUUUUUAGUUUUUACCCCCUGUAAUUUCUUUUUUAACUCCUCAUGAGAGAGAGAGGGGGUUACCUUUGAGAGAGGUUAGGAGAACUUAAUCACAUGAUUAACAUGGGUAAUGAUACGAUACUUAAUGCAUUUUGAUUCCGAAGUCUGUCACUCGUUAGUUAGGGUCGUGGAGGUGGUGAUCCUCCACCGUUUUCAAAUUAUAGUUGAAGUGACAUGUAAAAGUGGUGACAAAUUUGAUAAUAAAAAAAACAAACCGUAAAAAUAGUUUGGUUUCGCUGCUUAUUUAUCAAAAUUUAAAUCAUUCUAAUUUAAUUUUAUCGAUUUAUAAUUAGUCACAAUAUCUCAUAUUGUUGAUAAAUAUUUGAACAAUAGAUUUGUUACUACAUAUUUGCUAAUGCAAACGCACAAAUCUAAGGAUUAAAAUUGUAGAGGCUCCAGCUGAAGCAGAGGAAAACAGGUGCAUGAGAUUGUGGGGGAAGUCACGGCGUUUGUUUGUUCAAGUUGUGUGGUGAUAUGAUGGAAGCUGAAAAGGAGAGUCGGCUAAUGGUCGGGGCCGGAUAUAUAUUUAUGUAUAUUGUGGAGUACGGAGUAAAGAGCGGCAGCCAACCCACUCCACUAACGGCGGCGACGGCGACGACGAUGCGGUUGCUUGCACUCCACGGCUUCCAUAUUCAUGCUGAAUUGGGCAGGUAAAUUGGAAUAGACGGCAAUAGCUUAAUCGGGGGGUUGAUAAGGACGGGAGAAUUUUGUAGUUAUUCUCUUAAUUGUUUGUUUGUUUAUACUUUAUUAGUGUGGUGGGUCUACUAGCUUCUGACUAGGAUGCUCAUAUCAUAAUUAGUUGUGAUCGUUUAAUUAAUUUUAAGCACAUCCAUGGCGUUAUCUAGCUAAAGAAUGGGUGGUUCGUGUGAUUCAUACGUAUCGUGAAGGGAAUAGAUUCGCGGAUUGGCUCUCGAAGCACAGUCUCGUCUAUUCCUUUGGCACGUACGAAUUGGAUGAUCCCCCAUUAGAACUUGAUCGAAAUUGCCGUGAAGAUAUCCUCGGAGUCAGUUUCCCUCGGCAAGUGAUUCAGAGGGAUGCUCUUUGAAUUUUUCUGUGAUCUGUUCCCUUGCUCUGUUUCUCCACCUUCUUGCUACUGUGUUUCCGCGCUAUGUUCCUGACUUCUUAGGCCCUGGGCUUUUGUAAUUUUGGCAUUCAUGCCUCCCUUACAUAAAAAAAAAAUCUUACCGAAUAAAUCCGGCGAGGAAUGAGAUAGUAUGUCUACCUCUUAAAGGGUUGGAAAAUAACACCCCUAUUAAUCAUAGGUUUUUAAAGUAAUUAAUUUGCGUUGCAUUUAAUAAUCUGUAUGAAUUAAAAACACAUAUUAAUUACUUUCCUUUUUCAGUGUACUGGUAGUUGUAUCAUGCAAUUGUAUUAGUGUACAGGUGCAAUGAUAGUUCCAAAAAAAGAACGUAAUUAAUAUGAGUUCAGUAUACAGGUGCAAUGGUAGUUGUAUAAGUGCAAUGGUAGUUAAAAAAAGGAAUGUAAUUAAGAUGAGUUUUUAAUUUCCAAAAAUUAUUAAAUGCAACACAAAUUUAAUAUAAAAAAUAACUAUAAUUAAUAGGGGUGUCAUUUUUCCAACCCUUUAGAAGGAUUAGUAUGCUAACCGAUCCCAUCCGGCGAGGGGUGGGUUAGCAUGCUAACCCCCCUUGGGGUUGGAAAAAUGACACCCCCUAGUAUAUUAAAUACAACUAUAGAAUUUAA